AUGCGCGCUGCGCGCCCGCCCGGCCCGGAGGGGGGUGGCGGGGACCCGGUCCCUCUCCUUAAGGCCUUGGCGGCUGUGGGCGGCCUCUCGGAGGGGCUGGGGGCUUUAGGAGGCAUUAUAAAUGCUACUCUGGAAAGAAUUGAAAUCUUCAACCUGGAUAUGAAGACUGGGGACACCCUGAAGGUCAAGGGCAAGAUAUCCAGUGAUGCUAACGGCUUCAGCAUCAAUCUUGGCUGCAGCUUCUCGGAUCUAGGACUUCACUUCAAUCCCCGCUUCGAUGAGUCUGUCAUCGUCUGCAACUCCAGGUGCUCCAAUGCCUGGCAGGCAGAGCAUCGUGAUAAACACUUCUGUUUCUCCAGGGGCUCCACUGUCAAGUUUGUCAUUGAGAUGCUGGCAGACAAAUUCCAAAUAAAACUGCCGGAUGGGCAUCAAGUGGAGUUCCCCAACCGGCACUACUACAACAAGAUCAGCUACAUGAGCGUCAAGGGAGACUUCAGGGUCACCUCCUUCAAGCUGGAGUGA